AUGGCGGAACAAGGAAACAUCGCCACGAGGGUUCACAUGCUGCCAUGUAGGCCGAAAAACUAUUUUAAGGUUCUCGCUGAAACGGUGGACAAGGUGACGCAGGUAGACCUGCACCAGCUGCUGUCCGCAGAACCCCUGCUGACCCAGUCUGAAACCCCAGCACGGGGGGAACAUUCUGCUCUACUGCCGGGAACGAGAACCCGUCUGGAGCACAGGAACAUUCUGCUCUACUGCGGGGAACGAGAACCCGUCUGGAGCACAGGAACAUUCUGCUCUACUGCGGGGAACGAGAACCCGUCUGGAGCACAGGAACAUUCUGCUCUACUGCCGGGAACGAGAACCCGUCUGCAGCACAGGAACAUUCUGCUCUACUGCGGGGAACGAGAACCCGUCUGGAGCACAGGAACAUUCUGCUCUACUGUGGGGAACGAGAACCCGUCUGGAGCACAGGAACAUUCUGCUCUACUGCGGGGAACGAGAACCCGUCUGCAGCACAGGAACAUUCUGCUCUACUGCGGGGAAAGAGAACCCGUCUGGAGCACAGGAACAUUCUGCUCUACUGCGGGGAACGAGAACCCGUCUGGAACACAGGAACAUUCUGCUCUACUGCGGGGAACGAGAACCCGUCUGGAGUACAGGAACAUUCUGCUGUACUGCGGGGAACGAGAACCCGUCUGGAGCACAGGAACAUUCUGCUGUACUGCGGGGAACGAGAACCCGUCUGGAGCACAGGAACAUUCUGCUCUACUGCGGGGAACGAGAACCCGUCUGGAACACAGGAACAUUCUGCUCUACUGCGGGGAACGAGAACCCGUCUGGAACACAGGAACAUUCUGCUCUACUGCGGAGAACGAGAACCCGUCUGCAGCACAGGAACAUUCUGCUCUACUGCGGGGAACGAGAACCCGUCUGGAGCACAGGAACAUUCUGCUGUACUGCGGGGAACGAGAACCCGUCUGGAACACAGGAACAUUCUGCUCUACUGUGGGGAACGAGAACCCGUCUGGAGCACAGGAACAUUCUGCUCUACUGCGGGGAACGAGAACCCGUCUGGAGCACAGGAACAUUCUGCUCUACUGCGGGGAACGAGAACCCGUCUGGAACACAGGAACAUUCUGCUCUACUGCGGGGAACGAGAACCCGUCUGGAGCACAGGAACAUUCUGCUCUACUGCGGGGAACGAGAACCCGUCUGGAGCACAGGAACAUUCUGCUCUACUGCGGGGAACGAGAACCCGUCUGGAGCACAGGAACAUUCUGCUCUACUGCGGGGAACGAGAACCCGUCUGGAGCACAGGAACAUUCUGCUGUACUGCGGGGAACGAGAACCCGUCUGGAGCACAGGAACAUUCUGCUCUACUGCGGGGAACGAGAACCCGUCUGGAGCACAGGAACAUUCUGCUCUACUGCGGGGAACGAGAACCCGUCUGGAGCACAGGAACAUUCUGCUCUACUGCCGGGAACGAGAACCCGUCUGGAACACAGGAACAUUCUGCUCUACUGCCGGGAACGAGAACCCGUCUGGAGCACAGGAACAUUCUGCUCUACUGCGGGGAACGAGAACCCGUCUGGAGCACAGGAACAUUCUGCUCUACUGCCGGGAACGAGAACCCGUCUGGAGCACAGGAACAUUCUGCUCUACUGCGGGGAACGAGAACCCUCUCGAGAGAACCACUGCUUGCGGAUCAAGAUUUUGGGCGACUGCUACUACUGUGUGUCCGGUCUCCCUGAGGCUCGCGCUGACCACGCCCACUGCUGCGUGGAGAUGGGCGUGGACAUGAUCGAGGCCAUCUCGCUGGUGCGUGAGGUGACGGGCGUGAACGUGAACAUGCGUGUGGGCAUACACAGCGGGCGUGUGCACUGCGGCGUUCUGGGCCUGCGGAAGUGGCAGUUUGACGUGUGGUCCAACGACGUGACGCUGGCCAAUCACAUGGAGGCAGGAGGGAAAGCAGGGCGUAUCCACAUCACGAAGGCCACGCUGAACUACCUGAACGGAGACUACGACGUGGAGCCCGGCUUCGGGGAGAGGAAUGUCUACUUGAAGAAACACAACAUCGAGACUUACCUCAUCGUGGGGUGCAGUCAGAAACGGAAAGAGGAGAAGGCCAUGAUCGCCAAGAUGAACCGGCAGCGCACCAACUCCGUCACACACAACCCCUCCCACUGGUGCUCCGACCGCCCCUUCUACAACCACCUGGGGGGCAACCAGGUCUCCAAGGAGAUGAAGAGGAUGGGUUUCGAGGACCCCAAGGACAAAAACACGCAGGAGAACCUCAACCCCGAGGACGAGGUGGACGAGUUUCUGGGCCGCGCCAUCGACGCCCGCAGCAUCGACCGGCUGCGCUCCGAGCACGUCAAGAAGUUCCUGCUCACCUUCCGGGAGCCCGACCUGGAGAAGAAGUACUCUAAGCAGGUGGACUCCAGGUUCGGGGCGUACGUGGCCUGCGCCUCUCUCGUCUUCCUGUUCAUUUGCCUCAUCCAGAUCAUCGUGGUACCGCGCUCCCCGCUGAUGGUUGGGUUCUACGUGACCUGUCUGAUUCUGCUCGUUGCUGUGAUGUUCGUUUCAGCGGUGUAUUCCUGUUUCGGGUUAUUCCCAGUGCCUCUGCAGACCCUCUCUAAGAAGAUCGUCCAGUCCCGGAUCAACAGCACCCUGGUGGGCGUGUUCACCAUCAUCCUGGUCUUCCUGUCUGCGUUCAUCAACAUCUUCACCUGUAGCUCCAGUGACAUCCGCUCCUGUGUGGGUCUGGAGUUCAACAUCAGCAGCCACAGCGUCAACGCCUGCCACAUCCACAACUCCGACCGCAACUACACCCUGCACACGCUGGAGGGCUUCUGUGACAGCGGGUCGCCCAACUGCAACUUCCCCGAGUACUUCUCCGCCUGUGUUCUCCUCAGUCUCCUGGCGUGCUCAGUGUUCCUGCAGAUCAGCAGCAUAGGGAAACUCUUCCUCAUGUUCUUCAUCGACUUCCUGUACGUGCUGGUGAUCGAGGUGCCAGCCGUCAGCCUGUUCGACAACGUGGACCUGCUGGUGUCGGCUAACGCCAUCUCCAUGGAGCACUCGAGGGUCCCUCUGAAGAUUGUGACGCCCGUGGUCCUCACCGUGUUCGUCCUGGCGCUGUACCUGCACGCCCAGCAGGUGGAGUCCACCGCCCGCCUCGACUUCCUGUGGAAGCUGCAGGCGACGGAGGAGAAGGAGGAGAUGGAGGAGCUCCAGGCCUACAACCGCCGGCUGCUCCACAACAUCCUGCCCAAGGACGUGGCGGCGCACUUCCUGGCGCGGGAGCGGAGGAACGACGAGCUGUACUACCAGUCCUGCGAGAGCGUGGCCGUCAUGUUCGCCUCCAUCAGCAACUUCUCCGAGUUCUACGUGGAGCUGGAGGCCAACAACGAGGGCGUGGAGUGUCUGCGGCUGCUCAACGAGAUCAUCGCCGACUUCGACGAGAUAAUCAGUGAGGACCAGUUCCGGCAGCUGGAGAAGAUAAAGACGAUCGGAAGCACGUACAUGGCAGCGUCGGGGCUGAACGACUCCACGUACGACCGGGCGGGCCGGUCCCACAUCCGCGCGCUGGCCGACUACGCCAUGCGCCUCAUGGACCAGAUGAAGUACAUCAACGAGCACUCCUUCAACAACUUCAAGAUGAAGAUCGGGCUGAACAUGGGCCCCGUGGUGGCGGGGGUGAUCGGGGCCAGGAAGCCGCAGUACGACAUCUGGGGGAACACAGUGAACGUAGCCAGCAGGAUGGACAGCACCGGGGUCCCAGAGAGGAUACAGGUGACCUCUGACCUGUACCAGGUGCUGAGCUCCUAUAACUACACUCUGGAGUGCCGCGGCGUGGUGAAGGUCAAAGGUAAAGGCGAAAUGAUGACCUACUUCCUCAACGCGGGUCCGCCCAGCAGUUAACACCCAAUCGGACGUCUGUGUUUCUGUGGGCGUGGCUCUGAGGGGUGGGCGGGCCAAAGCCACAGCCAAUCAGGCACUGGGACCUAUGGGAAGCUGUGUGACUGACACUGAUAGGCUCCGCCCACCCCUGUGACAAUAACACCCCCUUGACCCUUGGGUAAUGCCCCCUAACCGCAGAGACCUACCAAUCAUUGGACGAGGACGGGAGGAGGCCACGCCUCUCUGUUGAGGCAAGGCACCAAUGGGGAGUGACCAGGUUAAUCUGAAGAGACCAAAGAACUUUCACAGACUCGCUGCAUAGACACACACACACACACACACACACACACACUCAUAUACACUCACGCACAGCACUAAGCGCACACUCACACACACACACACACUCACGCACAGCACUAAGUGCACACUCACACACACACACACACACACACACACACACUAAACAGUCACGCCGCCAUUUUCUGCUCAUAUCCUGCCGCCUGAGCAUCCUGUGUGAAGAACCAGAAGAGGCACACACCGUUUUAUGUGUGUAUGUGUGUGUGUGUG